AUGCCCGAUAGGCAGACAGCACCCAAAUGUGAAAAGCAGAUCAACGACGGCAAUCGACUCAUCGAGGUCGAACUGACUUUGAAACAGGUGCCCAGCGCGAAGAUCAUCCAUUCGAUCGUCUGGCUGAUCAAAUCGGCGGAUUCUGCGCCUCAAACCGCCGCAAAGGGCGCCUGCCAGCCCUUGGGGGCCGAGCCAGCGGUCCAGAGAGUCUGGAUGUUUGAGAAGCAAACGGUCCGGUGUAGUCAUGAGCGUAUCUUUCGGUCGAGUAGCACUUAUCAUCCCAACGGUCCGUGUCUGGAGGAGGCUCCAUUCCUAGAUUCGGGGAUCAUUGUGCACCGGCAGACCCUGGCGGAGCCACAACCCAAGUGGUAUAUCAUGAUAGGCCACCGUGAAGACAUCUCAUUCGCUCGCAUCGACACGGCCUCUUUGCCCAUCACAAGUUCUGGCAAAAGAGCUCACUCUGUAACGAUGCCUCUGCAAGGGGAAAAGGACUCUGCGUAA